GCGUGUGCUCAUUGGUUCCCAUGGCUACCGUAUUGGAAACAUAAUUAUAAUUCUUUCUGCAUUGACAUCGACACUGCACUGAUAAAGAAAUGGCUACUGUAACGGAGACCAUAAGUAAAACUGCCUUUGUAAGGCCUGCCAGAACAUAUGACUACCUAUACGAUCCGGUAUUUACGGUGUCCAGCGAGAGAGAUCAUGCCAAGCAAUCGUUCAAAUCUCACACCAGUGUGGACAAAAUUCGGUUUGUUCCCCACUUUCGUACGAUGUUCAGCUCGCUGCGUCACUACCCUCGGCAGGCCGUUACCUUGGAUACGACGGACCCUGUACCUAAACACAUGCCCAGACAGUGGGGAGGCUAUCGUGACCAAGCCAGGGAGACACUUGUCAGAUACAAAAAGUUCAACUAUGACCCAGAUGUGAAGGUGCCCCCCAAACAGUUUGAAGACCCCAAGACCAACAGUACCAAUCAAUACAAGUACUUUAAGAGACCCAUCAUCCCAUUCCUGCCUCAAAUGCCACCAAACGUGAUCCUGGCCCCAACCAGAGUUGACCCGCUAUCCCGGCCUACGGGGAGGGCUCAGGAGAUGCUGGCUGGACCCUCCACACGAACUGUCAUGGUACAGACGGACUACAGAGAGAGUGAGGCUCAGACUGAUCCCUAUAGCCCGGAGUAUGUGGUCAGACCUGGAUCACAGCCAGAGCUACUCACACUAGCCACACUCAGCUAUGGAGCUGGUUUACCUGCUGGUCUGGCAGAGGUUGAGAUGAUUGAGAGAGCCCGUGCUAAGCGUGCCUGGGAGGCCACCCUACCCCCUCUCAGUGAUCUCUCUCAGCUAGGCAAGAGACGGAAGAUGAUGGAGGAACAAGAGAGGAAAGAGUGGGCCUUCAGAGAACAGGAGAUCAAAAUACUUCAAGAUGAGAGACUCGAGGUACUACAGAGCAUGCUCAAACAAAGAGAGGUGGAUCAUCAGGCUCUCAAUGACAAGCGAUUGGAGCACCUCUGGGCAAAGAAACAAGCAGCGAAGGAGAAACACGGCAGGAGACUGCGUACUGAUCAUGUUAAAGCACUUCGUAAGCUCACCCAGAAGUCCGCCAAUGUGGAGGGAAGGCUUGAGAAGAGACAAGUGAUAAGAGACUACACUAAGUUUGAUUCCCAAGUCUACGCCCCAAUGACGCGUAUUGGAAUGUACCUGGACACUGGCUCUGAGCAGUACAGUGUCAAGAGCAGGUUCACCAACACUAUGGACGGGCUGUUGGAACUGGAGGACAACCUAGACCUCAGUGUAACCACACCAGAUAUCCAGGCCCCGGUGAGGUCAGCUCGUGGGGUGGGGGGCACAGCUAGGAAGACGGCUAAACUAGGAGCCAUCCUGGACCAGGUCCACACACAACUGGUCACUGAGAGGACUAAAGGGAAGGAAUCUCCUAAGCCGCUGCGUUUCCUUGAGAGGAUUGAGAAGCCAGUGCCACGCCCACCUACCCCUAUAGUGCCAUGCCCCUCUCCCGGCUCAGAGGAGGAGGAGUUAGCAAUCGUGCUAUUACAGAGAGUCAUCAGAGGAAGAGCCAUACAAACCAAGAUGUACGAGGGCAAGGAGAUGCGUCGUCAGCUGAUAGAGGAGCUCAGGACCACCCACGCACUCCAGGCACCAGAGCAGAAAAUCAAAAAAACCGAAGCUGCUGAUCUGAAGAGCAAACAAUCUCUACAGAAGGAACAUUUGCACAAGGAGUGUCUGGUUGAGGACCGUGUGGAAGGGCCUGCUGCUGCUCUGAUUGGUACACAACUGGACUUCCUCAAUAAAGAGUUGAUUCGUCUUCAAGAGGAGCGGAGGAUACAUGCAUUCGUACUGCUGGCUGACAGGCAGAGGAGAAUGAGAGAGGCUGAGGAGAGUGGUAAAAGACAACGUGAGGAGAGACUGCGUCGCACAGAGGACGAGAUAUUCAAGCAAAUGAUGCGAGUCCACACAGGCAGUGUCGAGUCUUACCUGGAGGAUGUUAUACUGGCUAGUGUAGAGAAGACUGCCGAUGAUCAGGCCAGACAGGAGAUACAGAAACAGGCCCAAGCCAUCAACCAAGUGGCACAUCAGUACCAGUAUAGUGAGCUAUCAGGCAACGAGCUGGUGGCAGAGAUGGUCUACUCUUUCCUACUACCAGAGGUGGAGAGGAAAACAAUGAGACAAAGAGUGAAACACAGCCAACGACGUCAUUUGCUGGCCGCACAUAAGGCUAUAUACAAGGAGACAGAAGAGCAACUAAGACAAUUGGACCCAACACCCCAGGCCAAAAGACAACUAGGACAAUCGGACCCAGCACCCCAGACCGAAGAGCAACCAAAACAAUCAAACCCAGCACAGCUGCAGGCCGACGAACAACCAGGACAAUCGGACCCAACACCCCAGGCCGAAGAACAACCAAGACAAUCGGACCCACCACCCCAGGCCGAAGAGCAACCAGGACAAUCGGACCCAACACCCCAGGCCAAAGAACAACCAAGACAAUCGGAUCCACCACAGCAGGCCGAAGAGCAACCAGGACAAUCGGACCCAACACCCCAGGCUGAAGAACAAUCAGGACAAUCGGAUCCAACACCCCAGGCUGAAGAACAAACAGGACAAGAACAACCAGGACAAUCGGACCCACCACAGCAGGCCGAAGAGCAACCAGGACAAUCGGACACACCACAGCAGGCCGAAGAACAACCAGGACAAUCGGACACACCACAGCAGGCCGAAGAACAACCAGGACAAUCGGACACACCACAGCAGGCCGAAGAACAACCAGGACAAUCGGACACACCACAGCAGGCCGAAGAACAACCAGGACAAUCGGACCCACCACAGCAGUCUUAGAAACAUACUCCAUGAUUAUAAUUAUGAACUCAGAGAAAAGAUUUUGUCUUUACAAUAUUGCCAUGUAUAGUAUUACAUAACUGUCGUUAUUGUGGUGGUCAGUAAUUAAUGUACGUUCUCAACAUUAUUUUUCUUAUGGUAAUUAUUCGAUCUUCAUAA